AGUCUGAAAACAGGCUAUUGAGUGCAGUUUGAUUUUGUCUUCACAGUAUCUCAUGAAGUAUCGAGAUAACUGUAUCUCAUGAUGGAAGAAGGAAAUACAUCUAAAGAAGUGUCUGAUAUACUUCGACUGAAUGUGGGAGGCUGCCUUUUCACUGCAAGGCGGGAAUCUCUUUGCCUAUUUAAAGACUCCAUGCUAUCCUCAAUGUUCAGUGGUCGUUUUCCACUAAAACUCGAUGAAUCUGGCUCUUGCAUUAUUGAUAGGAAUGGGGAGCUUUUUAAAUACCUUCUAGAUUACCUACAUGGGGAAGUCCAGAUUCCAGAGGAUGAACAGACAAGAAUUGCUCUUCAGGAAGAGGCUGAUUACUUUGGAAUUUCAUAUCCUUACAAUUUGACUUACCAUUUAGCAAAUGAAAUGGAGACAUACUCAUUAAAAUCAAACAGAGUUAAAAAAGGUGUUUUAUUUGAUUUCUGUGAUUUAUAUAACCUCUUUUGCACAAAACCCAUAGUUUGAGUAUUACAUUACUUGCAUACCUGCGGCUCUAGCUGUGAAAGCAAAGUCCUUUGGGUAUAUGCCACAAAGGAGGAUGGAAAGAUUGCUCUUGAAAAACAGCUUGGAGACAGGGUUUAUCGGAUAAAUAUGUAUAAAAGGGAAGCUGGAGGUAACAUCCAGUAUAUUCUGAGCAACUACCGUGUAUCUGAGCUGAAAACCAUGAUGGAUGCUUUUGAAACCUGGAAAGGAAGAGGUUUUAGCUAUUGGUGUGUUCCUCAGGAGAUAAUUAAGUGUUGGACUCUUGAAGAACGUUCAACGCAGAAUAUGGCUCCUGUGAAAAGGAGGAGACUGGUAGAAUAUACAGAUGAAAGAGAAGAAAAUACAUUUACAUCCAAAGCAGGUCCAAAACCCAUCAUAUAUUCUGGCCCAUCUACAAAUACACAGAUUAGAAUCAAGAACACAUUAAAAUCUGUUACGACAAGACCAACAUCAGAAUCUACAGAUGCAGUCACAGGAAAGAGAUCAAAUACAUUAGAUUUCAAUUUCAAAACAUAUGAACAAUUCAAUGUUGACUUAGGGACUUCUAACCAAGAACACAAACAGUUGGAAGAAUCUAAAACUGAACUGAAUGGCAGAAGAAAGAAAACGCGUUUGACAUCAGAAAAAUCAUCAAACUGUGUAAUUAAACUGAAGAGGACUUCUCUGAAACCAACAUCAACACAAUAAUAAUAGCUUCAAAUUCCUAAUCAAAUUAAAUUUUACCAAGAUAACACCAUUUAAAAUUCUGCAAAGGUGAA